ACUUCGUCAGUCUUCUGUGAUUCAGUAAUACUUCCGAAAGUACAUUUAAAAAGAUUGCCCACACUUCGUAAUUUACAAUAGUUUAGUGAUCCUUUUGCCACAAGUACAAAACCUCUAAACAGAAUUGCGGAGGUGGUCGAGGUUUUAAACCUUUUCCAUAUUUUUUAAUGCCAGAAGGACACUUAUCAGUGGAUAUCGUAGCUAAUUUAUUGCUUAAACUGAUAUAAAGUACUUGUCUAAAUGCGAUUCACUACAAUUACACAUAGAAGUCUGUUGGGGAAACAUGUCGAGACAGCUGGGAGACAGCCACCGGAGGUUUCUACAGACCCUGAUGGCCGUUGGCAUCACUGACGAGCAAGAAGCAAGGGCACUUUAUCAGCACUGCUGUGACGCACACAAGAUGCAGUGUAUUCCUGACAAACUGGAUGAGUUUAUUGAAGCCAUCAACUCCAGGCUGCAGCCCAUGUUCAUGCAGAUCAGAAAAGGCAUGUCUGAGGAAAAUGGCCACCAGUACUAUGCCUUGGUCAACAUGGCGGAAACCGAUAUCACCAGGAUGACGUCAGAUUACGCCGACAACGAACUGGAGCUGUUCAGGAAAACGCUGGACCUGAUUGUUAGCUCUGAGAACGGGAAGGCCUCCUCCACAGACAUUCUGAACAGCACCGACACCAUGACCUCUAAAAAACUGAAGAAGAGUGAAACGGAGCACCUUCUGACUCGACUGGUGCAGGACAAGUGGCUUUGCGAGAGACGUGGGGAGUACACUCUGUCCACUCGAUGCGUCAUAGAGAUGGAGCCAUAUAUUCGCACAAUGUACCAAGACCAGGUCAAAGUGUGUCACAUCUGUCACAACAUCGCCUUUCAGUGCCAGAUUUGUGAGAAUCCCUCCUGUGGAAUAAAAAUCCACAACCCGUGUGUUGCCAGAUACUUCAAAGGAAGGGUGGAGCCACGCUGUCCAGCUUGUGACGACUUUUGGCCGCAUGAAAUCCCUGAAGUAAGAGGGCUCCGUUCUCAGUCCAGGAGGUGACUUCAACGUUUUUUGUUUUUAACAAAAUGUUGUUAGAACCUCUGUAUUUAAACAUACUGUAUAUUACCUCUUGUUUAUGCAAAUAAAUUUGACUUUGUUA